AUGGGAUCCAAAAGAGCCCACCAUCGGCCGCGAAACAGGCCCUCACAACGAACCGUCACGGAUAGAGUGACAGAGGGAGUCCAAGCAUCAUCUGAAAUGCCAGAGGAUGAUAUGAAUGGCGGCACCACCCCAGAGGGAGAAUGCCGUUGCGAGAGCAGAGCGAAUGACCUCCGUGCAGGCGGCGAGGGCAACGACUUGUCCUUGGUUUCCGAUCACGAGAUUGAAGAAGCCAGGGCUCAAUUUGGGACCUCCGAAUUCGAGACCAUCAUCCGUGAGCAGGAUUGGAGGGUUCAGGAGUAUAUCUUGUGCCUUCGGCAUCAGCUGAAUCAUGUGAUGCACAGUUUGAAGCAACAACAGAAGGCAGACGAGAAAAGCAAGGAGUCCUAUGAGCUCCAGCAGCUCAAGAUUGCUUUCGAGAAGCUCCAAACAGAGGCAUUGAGCUCAGUAGAGAGUGUCCAGGCAUCAUCGGACGACGAGAUCACCAGAGCGUUUGAGAAGCUUCAGACCAGAGUCUACCCCUUGGUCAGCCUCCUCUGCAAGUUGAACACCGGAUUGUCGAGGGAGGAAUGGCAGGUCAAGUCUUCGGAGGCUGUCGCUCGCGGAUCCGUCGACUUUAGAACGAAGAUACCGGACACCAAAGACAAGGAUGAACAAAAGCUGCUGCUGAAGAAUGUCGUAUGGUGUUUCUUGCACGAAGCUCUGUUACGUGAACCCCUUCGCAGCUUUGCCGAUCCGUUGGCCCCGGCGAUGAAUGAAGGAUACUGGCGUUUGUUUCCCGAUCCACACCAACAAUCGGAGUCGGGCAAGUGGAGACACAUAACUGCGACGAGGCUCGCACUGUCAAUCGACAACGAAUCCGACAGAAAGUUGGCAGAGCAGCUGCUCAACGAUUUCGAGGACCUGGUGAAAGACCUGGGCAUUGAUGUCGAGGGUGCCGAGUUCCAGAAGAAAGCCAAAGCGAUGCUGGAGGUUGGGAUCACGUUUGCCCGCCUUAUUGCGAAACAGCCCGCCAUCUUCGAGCUGGAGUUUCCCCGGGCAGAUAGCGGCCGCUUGGAAAAGGCCGAAGACGACGAGCUCAUGUCGUGCUUGGACAACGAGACCGAGACCGAGAUUGCAGGAACCGUAUGGCUCGUCAGCGAACCAGCCCUGAUCAAGUGGGGAACAGGCACCGGGCAUCAGCUGGAAACGUGCAUGUGCCUGGUCAAGGCUAAAGUGGAACUGAUGUGA